AUGUCAUCAUCGUCAUCCGAUGAAGUUGAAGAAAGAUUGGACGAAAUUAUCGACGAUAUCAUAGAUGAAACCUACAUCAACAUUUUGGAAGCCCAACCCUCUAAGCCGAAGAAACGCGCUUAUAUAGAACGAGACCGCGAAAUCGGACACAACCGAUUAUGGAAUGAUUACUUCAGUGAAGAUGCGACAUUUCCGCCGUAUUUAUUCAGACGCCGUUUUCGUAUGAAUAAAGAAUUAUUCUUGCGUAUUGUCCAUCGCCUCUCAGAACACGUUCCAUUCUUUCAACAAAGAAGAGAUGCCACGGGGAGGUUUGGUCUUUCACCACUACAAAAAUGUACAGCCGCCAUUCGUCUCCUUGCUUAUGGUUCUGCAGCUGACGCGGUUGAUGAAUAUCUCAGAGUUGGUGAAAGCACGGCAAUUUCGUGUUUAAAGCAUUUUAAUGAAGGAAUAAUUCAGUUAUUUGGUAAUGAGUAUCUACGAAGACCGACAGACGAGGAUCUUCAGCGACUACUCCAUAUUGGAGAGAUACGCGGGUUUCCGGGGAUGGUAGGAAGCAUCGACUGUAUGCAUUGGAGGUGGAAAAAUUGCCCAACGGCUUGGAAAGGACAGUACACCCGGGGAUCAACAAAACCGUCAAUUGUGUUAGAGGCAGUAGCUUCACAAGAUCUUUGGAUAUGGCACGCUUUCUUCGGUCUACCAGGUCGGGCUCCGAGGGUAGAGUACGUGGUCAACGGACACAUGUAUAAUUUGGCGUACUACCUCACGGACGGUAUUUAUCCAAACUGGUCAACAUUUAUCCAAUCUAUCUCACUACCUCAAGGUCCAAAAGCAGAGUUAUUUGCUAAACUUCAAGAAUCAACCCGGAAAGAUGUGGAGCGGGCUUUUGGAGUUUUACAAGCUCGAUUUGCGAUUUCGAAAAUGAACGAGAUGGAUACGGCACUCAGUACGAUCCAUCUGAAUUUGAAGAAGAAGAUGUAG